UCAACAAUAAACAACAUACUUAGGUACUCGUAAGACAGUAUUUAUCUCUAAAAAUUAUAAACUAAAUAAUAACCAUUAUAAUUAUCUAUAGAGUACUAGUUUCGUCGGUGAAUAGUAUUAAAAUAUUAACAUGAAAGAAGUUUAAUAUUUGUUGUAUUUUUAAGGUCUUCUCGUCUAGUGCUUAGCUUUUUGUUUACUUCAGUGCUUUUUGAUACUUUACCUUUAAGCUCUGUAAACUGUAUUCCAUUUUAUUUCUGUGAUGGUUAUGUCUUUUAUAUGAGAUGGAAAUGAAUGUGGAUCAAGUGAAUGAGGGUAUAAAGGUUAUCGGUGAUUUGGGUGAUAUUCAAAUUGCGGAAAUAAGUGACAAUGAAGAAUGUGAAAAACCAGUCCCUUCGAAGGACUUAUCGAUUAUCCCUAAAUCCCUUCUUCAAAGCUCUACAGUACCAGUUUUUGGAAAUAUAUCUGUGAGUGACUCGGAUAACGUGCAAUUCGGUAACAACACUUAUUUCAAUGGUCCUGUAACAAUUAAGCAAGUGAUAAAGAACAAUGGUGUUGAAAAUGCUUCUUAUACUGUAACUGAUGACGAACAAGAUAGUGGAGUAUCUCCACGGUCUAAAUCUGGAGAUAAAAAAUCUCAAAAGACACAGAAGUUUACUAGAUGGAAUAAAAACCAUAUAAUAGCACUAAGUUUUGGAAUAUUAAUUGUAGUGCUCAUUGUAACCCUCACAGUAAAUUACGUACUAUAUCAAAAUUCACAAACAACACCGAGUUCCACUAAACCAGAGGCAUAUAACUCAACUUGCAAUAGAAUAUUGGGUGUCUGCGAUGAGAAUGUUCAAAUGGUUGCGUUAUCCAUCAUAUUACAAUUAACAAUCAUGUUGGUUUUCCUAUCAUUACUAACACGAGGUGGUCCAGUACUUGAUAAGAAUAAUCAUGAAAAUUGUGUAAAGCACUGUACAAACUUGUGCACUAACGAAGGUGGACCAGAUAUUAUAUCGCCUGAAUACCUUCGCUUCGUAUCUAGAAUUGAUUGGCUAGCGCAGCCAGAAGAAGGUGCAUUGGAUCUCCUAAAACUACCAGCACCGUGGGUGAUAAUCACGCACACUGCCACAGAGACUUGUAAGAGCCAGAGUGAAUGUGUACUGCGUGUGCGUUCGAUACAAACAUUUCACAUUGAAUCCCGAGGAUGGUAUGACAUCGGAUACAAUUUCUUAGUCGGCGGCGACGGAUCCAUCUACUACGGUAGAGGAUGGGACUACAUAGGCUCUCAUACACUGUACUACAACAAGUACUCAAUAGGAAUUGCAUUCAUAGGAACAUUUAACACCAUUGUACCCCCAAAGCGUCAAAUAGAAGCGUGCCAAAGAUUAAUUAAACUAGGUGUUAAGUUAGGAAAAAUUGCGAAAGACUAUAAAUUAUUAGCCCAUAGACAACUUAUGUCUACACUAAGCCCCGGUGACACAGUGUUUAAUGUAAUCAAAACAUGGCCGCAUUUCGUUUCUAACUUCACGUCGGUGGAUGAUAUCUUGCCGAGGUAUUGAUUUAAUGUUCGUUUAAGUUAAAUAAAAAUAUGUUUUUCAAUUAUUAUACAUAAUGGAUAUUAUGAUUGUUUAAUUGUACAUAAAUGUAAAAUAUAUUUAGUAUGCAGUAAAUGCUGUAUCCGUUCAAUGUAUCUUGUUGUUAUAUAUUAUACAGUAGAAACUAUAAAUAUUACGUCUAACUUAAGGUAACUUAUAGUCUUAAGGCCCUGAUGACGGCCUUAUUAUAAAAUGUGGGUUAUAUCCAUAAUACCAUGUUUUAUAAAAAGGCCAGUUUUAAUUUAGUACCUUGUCUACCAUAUCGUUCUAUGUAAAAUACAUGGUGCCCAAUACAUCAGCGUCAUGAACGAACUGGGCGAUAGGGCAGGUAUUGGCAAACCCCAGAAAAUUAAUUCAAUGUUACGUAUAUGUAUCAAUUUCGCUCUAUGAUUGUGUUGAAAAAAGAAAAACCAAUAUUGGCAAUUCUCAUAAAAUUUAGUCCGAAUUCCAAAGUGAGUAAUACUCACAAAUUUUGUUUUAAAUAAUUUUCUGGGGUCAGCGUGCCGCCGAACGCUACCGUUGUUUGGCUUCUUAUCGUUGCUCUGUUAUUAAUUAGUACUAAUUACACUCUAAGAGGGCUUCCGUAUGCGUAGCCGACCUUUACAGAAUUGGUACGCUCUUUUCUUGAAGGACCCUAAGUCGAGUUGGUACAGGAAAUACUGCAGUGGGGAACUGGUUCCACAUAGUGUGGGUGCGCGGCAAAAACUGCCUUAAAACGCUCAGUUGUGGAACGAUGUGAUACGGGUGGAAUUUGGUAUUGUCGGUUUUAAUCUGAACAACUAUUCAUUGGCCUUUUUGUACUUUACACUAAUAUUUAUCUUUACUGGUUUGUUAUUAUAAUACUAUUUUUCUUAUAUAUCGGAUAUCGUAGUGACCUGGUAUAUAAGGCAUAAUAUAUAGGUUAAUGUAGAUAUGUUAUUUUAAAUAAUGAAAUAAAAUAAUAUUGUUGUUCGGUAUUUCUAUGUGGGCAAUUAAGGCAUACUCAGGCAGAUAACCUGCAUGUCUAAGACCAAAAAUCUAAAUUUGUCAGGCACAAGACUAAUUUGUGUAUAAAAUAAAAAUGAUUAAAGAAACGGAUGCAAUCCAAGGGUAGGGUUCUUUGAUAUGUGACUUAAAUGAUUAAUGUUAAAUUUUGUAAUUUUUUUUUUAGUUAUUAAUUUUUUUUUAUGAUAAUACACUGCCAAUAUUCUUAUGAAGCCAUAUAUAGUGUUACGGUUUCUAUACAAUAUGUAUUACCAGUCGUUUUUUUUAAAUGCCUUUGGGAUAAAUCUUUCGGUACCUCUCCAUUACUGGACGUUGGCCGUCGGUCUUGUGACACGUGUCUUGUCUUCUGAUUCUUGAGGCCAUGUUUUGUUUCCUUCUUUGUUUGUUUACUCUUGAUUUUAACCAUCAUAAAUAAUUGAAGGCUGUAGCGGUCAUAGCGAAAUACGUGUACAUUUUUUCAAAUUAAUAGCGAAAAAUAUUACAUACUUUCAACCUUAAUGAGAUGUGCAUCAAGUUAUUUAAGUUAAUUGAUGAGUACGUAAUUAUUUUUGUUUAUUUGUAAUUUUAAGGGAUGAUAUGAAAAUAAUUGAUAUUCGUGACUUGUGUUUCGAUAUAUUAUGUAUGUGUAGUACAUGUGUAUUACAUACAAUUGUAGGUUAUUUGUAAAUGCUAUUUUUAAAAAUCCUCGUCAAUAGUAUAAAUGGGAAUUGUAAUAUUUACAUAUGGGGCCAUUCUAGUAUUACGUAUUUGAUUUUCUGAUUUGGUGAUUAGGUCAAUAGU